AUGACCAGAGCACCGCUCAACAGCUCGUUUUUGUAUAUCGCCAACAAGCAAUCCGGCGGCAAGGCGAUCGGUGUCAAAUCCGCUCGCUCAAGCCGAGCGCUCGCGAGCACGCUCCGCAAGGACCGUCAAGUCCUCGUCAAAACCUGGAAACUCCCCGAUUGGGCAUCCAACGAGCAGGACAUGACGCUCAAGGAUCAUGCGGAGUUUGAUGCACAGCUCUCGCAACUGCUCGAAAGAGGUGUGCCUCUGACUGAAGCGCUCGAGGUCGCAUCGAGCGUCGUCAAAUCAAACAACGAGGAUCGCAUCCUUCAACUCCGAUCGCUCGUCGCGCAAGGCACGAGUUUCAGCGAUGCGUGCACGCAGGUGGGGAGCUUUGAUGAAGUGACUUGUGCCGUGUACAAAGCCGCGGAGAAGACCGGAGACCUUGCCGGCGCAUGCAAGCAGCUCUCGAUCGGCGCUCGUCGUCGUCUGGAAGUGUCCGGCAAAGCCGCGACGCUCAUGAUCUAUCCAUCCAUCGUGCUCUCGAUCGCGCUCAUCGCGGCGAUGGUCAUGAUGACGAUCGUGAUCCCGACGAUUGGCGAAUCCAUGGUCAGCUCAGGUAUCGAGGUCCCGACCUUCACCAAGAUCCUCGUAUCGAUCGGCUCCAUGCUUCGCGCCAAUAUCUUGUUCAUUCUCGGCGGGCUGGUUUUGCUGUUGAUCAUCGCAUUCCUUUGGAGAUCCGUCGUUGCGAAGCUCGCGAUCCGUCUAACUCGAAAUAUGCCGUUCGUGCGCGAUGUGGUGAUGGAGCAGGAACUGACGAGGUUCUUCUCUGUCAUGGGAUCGAUGACACGAUCAGGGAUCGUGCUCAGUGACGCGAUUUCUGUGUCCUCUGGUGUGAUCAGCCACCCCAAGCUCAAUAAAGACCUCCAGAGACUCCAGCAUCGUCUUAUUGAGGGUGGACUCUUCCGUUCGCUCAUCGAGAAAGUCGAAGCUCUCCCACUCUCAACACGCAAGCUUCUCGUCGCGGCGGACCAGGCAGGAGACCUGGAUUCCGCGUUUGACGCACUGGCGCGGGACCAUUCUCAGAAUGUUGACAAGAAGACUGAUCGGCUCAUGGCGGUGCUAGAGCCGCUGCUGAUCGUGAUCCUGUUCCUCAUCGUCGGCACGCUGAUUCUCUCGAUCAUGCUCCCGAUGAUGAAAAUGACGGGGACUGAACGCUGUCCUGAUCGACCAACGGAGCCGAAGAUGAUUUCUCAGACACGACCAUUCCAGUACGCACGCCCUGGCUUCUCACUGAUUGAACUCGUUGCCGUCCUCGUGAUCCUUGGCAUCCUCAUGGCAGGCGCCGCCGUAGCCAUACCAUCCCAGAUCGAAAAAGCACGAAUCCGCGUCACCAAGACCUCGAUGCGGACCAUCAAGACACAGAUCGAGUCGUAUCGCGCUGAGAACGCAGGCGACGCCCCCGCAUCGCUCGCAGUACUGAUCCCAUCCUUCAUGGAGGAGGGCUCGGACAUUGAUGCGUUCAAGGAAACGUUCUACUACCUCCCCACUCCCGGCUCGACUCGUCCCUACGAACUCCGCUCCGGAGGUCCAGAUCACGAGAUGGGGACCGAGGACGACAUCAACAUCUGGACUAUGGAUGUUUCGAGCAGUGCGACGCUGAUCGAAGCGGUUCUUGCGACUGUGCUGCUCGGGAUGGUCGCGGCGACGCUUGCGAGCGCUGUGUCGUUCAUGAACUCUUCGCAGCGUCGUUUGCAGCAGCGCCUUGGAGCUGCGGAGCUCGCGAAUCGAUUGAUGCUCCAGUACAUCGACGAUCAGGACGCGAUGCCGAGCUCGAAUCUCCCGAUUGAGUACGACAUGGACCUCUACCGCUGGACGCUCGAUGUGUCUCCGGUCGAGUUUGAGAUGGCCGAACCCCCUCCAGAAAGUGAAACCGACACCAUUGGAUCAGGAAUCAACUUCGAUCGGAUCCGCUUGGUCUCCAUCAAGGUUUGGUUGGGAGAAGACUCCGGAGGCAAUCGCGGAUUCUCCACAGAACUCCCAAACGCGCAGCUGACGCGAUUGAUCGAUCCGCUCGCGUUCUCCAAUCCGGAUUCACUCCAGACGAUGAUCGACUCUCCGGGAGGGAUGGAACGCUUGUUCGAGCGCCUCAUGCAGCUUGAUGGAGGGGAUCUGGGGAACACUGCGCCAUGA